AGCGAUAGAGAUAAGAUGGAAUGAGAGUUUCAUAUAAUUCUUAAUCGUUUUAAUUUGUAUUCCAAUAAGAACCUGGCAAGCCAAUCCAACAAAAUACAUAUCGAAUAAAUGCCUUGGUCUUCACAAAAAAGAAGAAGAAGAAGAUGCUGAGCAUCUGGUAGCUUUCUCUUUGUUCCUCCAAACUGUGUGCUUAGAUUUGAAGACCUAGUCCCUGUGAUCAAAUCUUGUUGUUCAUUUCUGGGUUUAAUUUCUCAAGAAAAAGAAGAUGACAAAAGAUAGGCAAAUCGGUGUAGCAAUGGAUUUCUCCAAGGGAAGCAAAGCAGCUCUUAAAUGGUCAACCGACAAUCUGGUAGACAAAGGAGAUACCCUUUACCUCAUCCACGUCAAACCCAAUCAGAGCGACGAGUCUCGUAACCUUCUUUGGUCCACCAGUGGCUCACCUUUGAUUCCAUUAUCGGAGUUCAGAGAGAAGGAAGUGAUGAAACAUUAUGAGGUGGAACCUGAUCCUGAGGUUUUAGACUUGGUUGAUACGGCUUCAAGGCAGAAAGAGGUGAAUAUUGUCACAAAGAUUUACUGGGGUGAUGCCAGGGAUAAAAUAUGUGAAUCUGUUGCAGAUUUGAAGCUUGAUUGUUUGGUAAUGGGCAGCAGAGGCCUUGGCACCAUUCAAAGGGUACUGAUUGGAAGUGUGAGCAACCAUGUGAUGGUAAAUGCAACUUGUCCAGUAACAAUUGUUAAAGGAUCCUAGUGCUCAUGGAUUUUGAUCUCAGUAUUCUGCAAAAGUAAUGUAUCUUUGAAAAUAAUCGAUGUUCCUUGUUUCUAUUUCUAUGUGGGUGAUUUAUGUAUGUAUGUAUGUAUGGACAUCUUGGUUCUCGGGUUGUACUCAGAUCCUGAGAGUGCUUGAUUAGGAUCAGCUCCAGUGCUGUUUCCAUAAAUAAACAAACUUUGUAUGGACAUGGACAUUGUUCAUGGUUCGCAUUUAAGUAACAAUGUUUCACUA